CAAACAUUAAGUUUCGUUUCUUGUUCCCGCUUUCACUGAUGACGUCUGCUGAUCUGAGAGACGAGCUGACCUGCUCCAUCUGUCUGAACAUUUAUACAGAUCCUGUAACCCUGCCAUGUGGACAUAGCUACUGCCGGGUCUGCAUUGACAAUGUGCUGGACACACAGGGGGUGAGAGGAUAUUACUGUCCUGAAUGCAGGCAAUUAUUUAACACAAGACCAGACCUGCACAGAGCUCUAACACUGCGUAACAUAGUGGAGAGCUUCCUAUCUACUCACCCAGAGCAGGAGGAGGUUGGGAUCUCCUGUACGUACUGUGACUCUCCUGUACCAGCUGCUAAAACAUGUCUGCUGUGUGAAGCUUCUCUGUGUAAUAAACACUUAAAGAAACACAGCCAGUCAGCAGAACAUGUCCUAACUGAACCCACCACUUCACUGGGAGACAGAAAAUGCUCUGUCCACAAGAAGGUCCUGGAGUAUUACUGCUCCGACGAUGCUGCCUGUAUCUGUGUGUACUGCUCAGUUGGAGAGCACAGGGGACACCAGGUGGAGACUCUGAAUGAGGCCUCUGAGAAGAAGAAGGAGAAACUGAGACAUAUUCUGCAGAAACUGACCUUAAAGAGAGAGGAGGCUGAGAAAAGAGUCCAGAACCUGCAGGAGCUCAGGAUAGAAGUGCAAGAAAAAGCAGCCGGGGUAACAGAGGAAGUUACUGCCCUGAUUAGGGGCAUCAGGGAACAGCUGGAAGCUCUAGAGAAGCGAGUCCUGAGUGAGAUCUCCAGGCAGGAAGAGCAGGUGUCACUCCGAGUCUCAGAUCUAAUCCGGCAUCUGGAAAUAAAGAAGGAGGAUCUGUCCAGGAAGAUGGGUCACAUUGAGGAGCUGUGUAACAUGAUGGAUCCAUUAACUGUCUUACAAGGACGGGAAUCACACAGCGCUGACUAUUGUGAUACUGAGGAGGGAGAUAAUGAGGACAGAGAGAGAGAUGAUAAAAAGGUCCAUGCUGUAGGGGAUCUGGAUGUGGGUCUGAUCUCAGUGACCUUACACUCAAGAUUAGCUGGGAUUGUGACCGGAGUAAAGAGACAGCUCCAUGUACCGACUAAUAUAUUACAGGGGGUAAACACGGCUUCAGACAUGUCAUUGGGUGUAAACACGGCUUCAGACAUGUUACUGGGGGUAAACACGGCUUCUGACAUGUUAUUGGAUGUAAACACUGCUGCUAAUGAUGUAACUGUAUCUGGUGAUAUGAAAACUGUAUCCUGGUCACGUAUAGAGCAGAGUCGCCCAGAAACAGCAGAGAGAUUUCAGUCUGAUCAGGUUUUAAGCUCCAGGAGUUUCUCCUCAGGGCGACAUUACUGGGAAGUGGAGGGCAGUGACUCAGAGGGAUGGAUGGUAGGGAUGGCCUAUCGCAGUAUAGACAGGAAAGGAGGUCAGUCACGGAUUGGAUUUAAUAACAAGUCCUGGGGUUUGGGGAGGAGGAUUAAUAAUCAGUAUUAUGUGAGACAUGACAGUAAAGAUAUCCGGUUACCCCCUCCCCCCCCUUCCAGCCGGAGAUUGGGGAUAUACCUAGACUACGAGGCCGGGCGGCUGUCCUUUUAUGAGCUGUGUGACCCCAUCAGACACGUUCACACCUUCACUGCCACCUUCACUGAGCCGCUUCAUGCUAUAUUCGGGGUAUAUAGGGGUAAUACCUGGCCUGCUAUGUGGGAUAAUGCCUGGCUGAGAAUGUAUUGAAUGAUUUAUUAAUCUAAUUAAAGAGAUUUAAUCCCGGAGUGGGAAUCACGAGACGGUAAUACUGAUCUCGGUGUGGGCGGAGCAUCAUAACAGGGUUAGCUCCUCCCACUUGACCUGUGUAUGGGCGGAGCCUGUUACUAAGCAACAGCUGCUCUGUGUGUCACUGUGUGUGAUUGUCGGUGAAUGUUACUGACAUUAAUGCAGCAUUACUCAAUACAGACAAACGUCUCCAUAAUUAAACUAUAGUCACAGCUGGUAUCCUGCAUGUUAGAGAUUGCUUUUUAAUUCAAAUCUGUGUGUGUGUGUGAGCUUGUGUUGUCUGAUUGUGAUGAGAGUUAGAGUUUAAUGUAUCUGAAAUGUCAGACACACUGGGCUGUCAUUGCUUUGUUUCCUUGUCUCAGGUCGCUGCCCCGGUUCCAUCCCUCCAAUCCCUUAUCACUCUCUGUAUACCUAACAAUGUAAAUCCCGGAUUGCUGCCAUGUUUAAUAUUAAAGUGUUGAGCUACGCUGUGUCCCUUAAAUCCCGUGUUUAUAUAAUGUAUAUGCUCUUCCACUCGAACGUGUGG